CUGAUUUUUAUAUGUGUUUCUCCAAUCAUGUUUUCUUCUACAUGGAUUUAUUGCACUUGGAAUGAAUGCUGUUCAUCUACAUGGAUAACGAGAAAUUUGACAGGCUUGGCGUUUGCCCUCAACCAAAACUUGUAUGGGCAACAUCUUGUCAUUGGACCAACAGUCAAACACUUGAGAGGGCAUGUAGAAACACACCCAAAAAGGCCUCUUGUGCUCUCGUUUCACGGGCUGCCGGGCACUGGAAAAAGUUUCGUUAGUUCCAUGAUCGCCGAGCAUAUGUACGCAAAAGGAAUGUCAAGUCAGUAUGUACAUUACUUCUCAGCAACGAAGGACUUUAUUCAUGAGGGCAAAAUGGAAGAAUAUCAGCUCACCAUUAAACAUAAAAUCGUAGCAGCCGUACAGGCAUGUCCUCAAUCUCUCUUCAUUUUCGAUGAGAUGGACAAGAUGCCAAGCGGAAUCAUGGAUGUUGUGAAACCGUACCUUGAGUAUAACCAACCUGUCGAUGGAACCGAUUACAGGCAUUCAGUGUUUCUAUUUUUAAGCAACAUGGGAGGUAAUCAAAUAACAAAUGCCUUGCUUGAUCACAUCCAAAAUGGUAAAGAGCGAUAUACCUUAAAUUUCCGGAAUUUAGAGGAAAUUGUGCGUCUCCCGCGGCUGGCAUUUGCCCUGAACCAGAAGCUGUAUGGGCAACAUCUUGCCAUCGGACCAACAGUUAAACACUUCAGAGAGCAUGUAGAGAUGUACCCAGAAAGGCCUCUUGUGCUUUCAUUGCACGGGCUAUCGGGCACAGGAAAGAAUUUAGUUUGCUCCUUGAUCGCUGAGAUAUGUAAGCAAAAGGAAUGUCAAGCAUUUGGGACAAGAUACGAUAAAAAGGAAAAAGGUGGAGAUAAGGACAAGGCAGCAAUUGAAGAAUCAAAGCCAGACUCAGCUCAACCAAAACUUAAAGAAAGUCAAUACUAG